AUGAAAUACGGGAAGAACGAAUGGGGUCGUACGUCUUCCUUACUUGUGCGCAAAUCCGCUAAACAGUGUAAAGCUCGUUGGUAUGAAUGGCUCGAUCCUUCCAUUAAAAAGACUGAGUGGACCAGAGAGGAAGAUGAGAAGUUGCUUCAUCUUGCUAAGCUCCUGCCAGUCAAUGGAGAACAGUCACUCCCAUGGUCGGCCGCACUUACUGUGAAUGCAUGGACCGCUACGAAAAGCUUCUGGAUGCAGCUUGUGUAA